CCAGGUUUAACAGCUACCUUGAUAUCAGCGGGAGAAAGCUACUUGCAAGCAGAUACACAAAGGGAGACUGGAAGGAUCUGCAGCUAUGGGAAUCAAACUGUACUACACCACUGUUACUGCCUCGAGGACGGUGAAGUCUCAACAGGCAGAAGUGAUACGAAUCCUUGAAAGCAAAAGCAUCCAGUACGAGCUCAUCGACAUCUCUGUGGGCGGGGAGCUCCGUGAUGAAAUGAGGAGCAAAGUGGGCGACCCGACGGCAGUCCCUCCCCAGCUUUUCAACGAACACCAGUACUGUGGGAACUAUGAAAUGUUUUCCGAGGCAGUGGAAGCGGAUACAGUGGAACAGUUUCUGAAGCUGGCGUGAGGACGACGGAGUACCUUAACCCCAUUUCCCCACCCGCCCUGUGUCCUAUCAGAGUCCUGUUGUCCAGUCUCUCUGUCUCUCUCUCUCUCACUCUGCACCACUAGCAGUGACCACCCACUUUCAAUGCCAUAAUGAAAAAUGCCAAAUAUCAUGAAUACUACUAAUCAGCAAAGACACAUUCCCCGUAAUGCACCAUUACGCUUGAAAUCACUCUUACUCUCUUUUUAUGUCCUUUUUUCUCUCCAUUUGAUUCCUCUCAGAUCUUAUUUUCUCCAUCUGACAGGCUAGUGUUAGUGCUCCUGGUCCAUUAGGAAUCAAUGGGCUGUCUGAAUAUGCGGUAAUUAGGUCGACUAAUCUUGGCCGUGGCCAACUGAUCGCCGGAGAUUAAACUAAUCCACUGGAUGACAACAUUUAACCCAGAAUCUUCCUGAUCUGGCAGGCAGACCAAGCACACCAUCAUCCAUCAGUCUUAACUACUUUUUGGCGUCUUAUUCUGUAGCCUUCAGGUUCCCAUGUUGCACAUUACAGCACACUGUUUGCACUUCAUGUGGAUGCAAAUGUACACCUAAGUAGCAAGGACUGUGAAGUCCCUAAAUCCAAUUAAUUCAGAAUUAGAGCAGCUAAAAGACAGAUUUUAGGUGAAGCUGGUUUUUGAGAAUUUUGGUCCAUUGGUCUCCUUAUGUAGGAUGGGAGCUGACCUACUUAAAGGAACGGUGCCACCAGAAAUCAAGUGCGUGUUCUUCACAAUAUUACAAAUAACAGCUAAAAAUAAUUAGCUUGUGUGCAGUGCGUUAAAGCUACCGUCAAGUUUUCUGUACCCAAAAAUACAUCGUUCUGUAAGUCUAAUGCAACGACUUAUACAAAGACAACUAUUGAUAACGUUUUAAAUGGUCCAUUGUUUACAUACAUGUUUGCUAGCUUGUAGGCUUGUUUUUAUCUGUCUGCACAUGGCACUCUACUGCCACUAAUGUCUGUUGGCAGGAUUGUGUAUGACAGUGUCCAUCAGCACAGUGUAAACCAAAGGCAGUAGAAUUGGUGGACAAAGCUGCUGUGGUUUGUGAAAGUCUCUUAUGAAGCCUCGAGAUGAGUGUGCUCAUGGCUUUACUGCAGUAUUAUUCCAUAGAAUUACAUUUUACUUCCCUAAACCAAGAAAAAUAAAACACUGUGGGACACCAUCAAGGUAAACCUGCACACUGCAUUAAAAAAGCAAUGUCUUUGGAUUCUGGUCAAAAAACAAUUAAAAAAACAUUUGAUUCUUAACUGAAUCACACCAAAGUAUUACAUAUAUAUUUAUGAUUUAUCUCCAAUGGGCCAAACUUACUAAAAACUGGUUUACUCCUUAAAAAAAAAGUCAGCGGUCAUACAUUUCAGUAAGCAGCUGCUUACGUUUUGCAUCCAAUAGAGUGGGAUGAACAGAUUUCUUUAUGUUGCAUUUGGUGCCAAUUUAUACCUGUAAUACACUUUAGCUGGUGGAUGCUCACUGCAGUGUUAGCACUUACCUGCCAUCUUCUACAUUUUUCCGUAGUGUUCCUGUUGAACUUGAAAGCUUCAUUUCUGGCACUGAUGGCUGCUCUGUGUUCAUAAACACAGAGCAGAAAGAUGCAAAAGAAAUUAGAAGAGAGUUAAAAAACAAACAAACAAAAGAUCUGAGUGAUCUGGCUUUCAACCGCGUAUCUUCUCAUUCCACCGUCUAUUUCAUCUUACAGUUUCAUCUGAAUAACCUGGCAUGAAGAUGCAGUAAUGUGACUAUGCACUGAAGCCCUGCCUCAUUCUGAACACAGCUGUAAAGGUGCAAGCAGAUGUGUUUGUACCGACCUGAAUUAGUCUUACCAGCCUUAGGGAACACUCACCACAUGGGAAAAAUGAAGGCUUCACUUAUCUGUGCUUUUUAUGCAUUCAUGUUAUUCCGCUAAUUAUCAUUAGUUUACUUAUAUUGAUCAUUCCAUUUCUUUUUUUUUUUCUUUUUCCUGUUUAACUGAGAACAGCCCAGUGUCCCUGUCUCACUCAUAGCACCCGUCAGUCCCCCUCGCUGUCAUACUCGUAUUGUUACGGUUUGGGAUCACCGGCGAUGACGGCCUUCACACACAAUGUUUGUGCACUGUUUUGUAAGUUGAUGGUUGUGGAUGUUUGCCUGUUAUUGAUGUAUAAUCACUAUGAAUCAUGGUUCAGACAUUCCACGUCUCUCUCUCUCUGAGCUCCUGCUUUGCUUUUGGACCAAUUCCCCUUGGCCAAAAAAAAGAAGAAAAUAGGGAAUAAAAUGCUGUUGUCUUCCAAGAAGAUUGUGAAAAGUGAUUUAUGGGUUAAAAAAAUAAAUGAAUAAAAUGGAGUUGAAUC